AUGAAGCUCUUCUCCGCUCUGUUUUACGCCACCAGCUCUUUUUUUAUAGUGGCUGUCAACAAAACAGUUUUAACAACCUACCGGUUUCCCUCGUACGCAUUCCUUGGAAUUGGACAGAUGGCGUGUACAAUCAUCAUUCUCUACAUAGCCAAAAUGUGCAAAGUCGUCACCUUUCAGGACUUUGAUAUGAGCUUGCACAGAAAGAUUUUUCCUUUGCCAUUACUCUAUGUUGGCAAUCACAUAACAGGUCUAGGAAGCACAAAGAAAUUAAGUUUGCCCAUGUUCACUGUGCUCCGAAAAUUCACUAUUUUGCUGACCAUGAUUUUGGAGACAAAAAUAUUAAGAAAAUCCUUUUCACCUCAGCUGGUGUGCAGUGUGAUGGCUAUUGUGUUUGGAGCGCUGAUUGCUGCAAGCUCUGACCUAGCCUUCGAUGCAGAAGGAUACGUUUUUGUUCUGCUCAAUGACGUCUUCACAGCUGCCAACGGCGUCUUCACCAAGCAGAAAAUUGGAAUUGAGAGCCUUGGCAAGUAUGGAGUUUUGUUCUACAAUGCAUUAAUCAUUAUAAUACCCACUACUUUAGGAAGUGCCUACACAGGAGAUUUAGAAAAGGCUAUUAACUUUGAAGGCUGGACAUCAUUUAGUUUUAUUUUCUAUUUUCUGCUGUCAUCUGUAAUGGGAUUUAUUUUGAUGUACUCCAUUGUUCUGUGCAGUCAUUACAACAGUGCCUUAACCACCACAGUUAUUGGGGCCAUUAAGAAUGUUGCUGUAGCCUACAUUGGCAUGUUCAUCGGGGGAGAUUAUAUAUUCUCCUGGCCAAACUUUAUAGGGCUAAACAUAUGUAUCACAGGUGGCCUGUUGUAUUCUUACCUGACAUUUCGCAGCAGCAGCAGCAGCAGCAGCAGCUCCUCCACAUGCACAACAAAACAAGAUGAAGAACUGAGACAUGUGGUCGAGGAGCCCCAUCAGAUGCCUGAAAAAAGACCUCUUUAAUGUUGCCAUUAGAUUCUGGAAAGUGCA